AUGCGCAGCUCAAUCUCCCAGCUCUUCUCGGCAGCCUCUGAUCACGAUGCCAAAGAGCGUAGCGCACACCAACACCAACAGCAGCAGCAGCAAUCUGCCGGAGCUCCUACACAAUGCACUAAUGGCUAUGCAGGACACAGUGGAUCAAUUAAAGAUGUAUCAAAAACAGACUGGAAUUCCCACAACGGGAACGGAACCGCGAAGCACAACGGGACUCUCGGCCGAGGGACGUCCGAAACGGCAGAGACCGACUCAUCAGGGACCGGGGGGAUGCGGGACGCGCUGGAGGGGCCGGGCUCAGCGCCGAACGACGCUAUUCACCUCAAGAGACGGGUGGGACUCUUCAGUGGGGUUGCUUUAAUUGUCGGCACCAUGAUCGGAUCCGGAAUUUUCGUGUCGCCAUCUGGUUUACUGGUGAGAACUGGUUCCAUUGGUGUGAGCUUUAUCAUCUGGAUGGCCUGUGGGUUGCUCUCGUUGUUAGGUGCAUUGGCGUACGCUGAGUUAGGCACGAUGAACACUUCGUCCGGAGCAGAAUGGGCAUACUUUAUGGAUGCGUUCGGAGCGUGGCCGGCCUUCCUGUUCUCGUGGGUGUCGACGCUGGUGCUCAAACCGUCCCAGAUGGCGAUCAUUUGUCUGUCGUUCGCGCAGUACGCCGUCGAGGCGUUCGUGUCCGAGUGCGACCCGCCGCUCAGUGUGGUGAAGAUGGUCGCAAUCCUCGCGAUUGUGAGCAUUUUAUUCGUUAAUUGUUAUAGUGUGAACCUCGGCAUGGCGGUGCAGAACGUAUUCACGUCGGCCAAGCUGGUCGCGGUGCUGAUCGUCAUCUGCGGGGGCGCGUACAAGCUGUGCCAGGGCAACACGCAGCACCUGCAGAAUGCAUUUAGUGGCGCCACGCCGUCGAUGGGUGCCAUUGCGACCGCCUUCUACACCGGCCUGUGGGCGUACGAUGGUUGGAACAAUCUUAACUACGUCACGGAGGAGAUCCAGAAUCCGAGCAAAAAUCUUCCCCGUUCGAUCAUCAUCGGAAUCCCGCUGGUGACACUCUGUUACGCCCUGAUCAACGUGUCCUACCUGGCGGCCAUGUCCCCGACGGAGAUGAUCGAGUCGGAGGCGGUCGCCGUAACGUUCGGUAACCGGAUCCUGGGCGUGAUGGCUUGGCUGAUGCCGCUGAGUGUCACGAUCAGUACAUUUGGCAGCGCCAAUGGUACCUUGUUUGCCGCCGGUCGGCUCUGUUUCGCUGCGAGUCGUGAGGGACAUCUGCUGGACAUACUGUCGUACGUGCACGUCCGUCGUCUCACUCCGGCACCGGGAUUGAUCUUUCACUCUCUGAUUGCCGGCGCAAUGGUUCUGUACGGUACGAUCGAUUCCCUGAUCGACUUCUUCAGCUUCACCGCGUGGAUCUUCUACGGUGGCGCGAUGGUGGCCCUCAUCGUCAUGCGUUACACCAAACCGAACUACCCUAGGCCCUACAAAGUUCCAAUCAUCAUUCCAAUUCUGGUUAUGGUCAUUUCCGGCUACCUUGUCGUGGCGCCUAUCAUCGACAACCCGCAAAUCGAGUACCUGUACGCAGUGCUGUUCAUACUGGCCGGGCUGAUCCUCUACGUUCCCUUCGUGCACUACGGCUACCAUCCAAAGUUCAUGAACAAUGUUACCCUCUUCUUCCAAAUGCUGUUCGAAGUGGUCCCCACGACCACGAUGGCGAUGUUCGACUAGUAAACCUACCCCCCACGUUUGUAGCUCGGACUUUCUGCGGCACAAAGUAACCAGACAAGCAACCAUAAACAUAAUCCUUUGGCUAGUCGGGAGACCGGGAGGGGUCACACAGUCCCCUCUAGUGCUAUGCAUCCCGUACUUAAUCACACCAAUAACUAAGCAACGCUUAAAAUGACGCGGUCGCAAAAGCGCUGGAAAGCGGCUGGAGAACUUUAGAAGUUCAUAAACCGUUGGUCGGAUACUUUGUGACUUGUGGAAUUGGAACCGUGUCCCCGUGUGCUCGCUCUCUAUGGCUACGGCCGGUAGGCAGAAAGGAGACUUUAUCUAAAAAUAGCAAUA